AUGACGCGCCCGGGGAUCCCGGCUCUUUUUACCCAACCACCAGCAAUCAUCGACCCGCUCGUCACAGAGACUACGGAUCUACAAAAUGCGACUCGGGAUAAAUGCCUUCCAUUUCUAGCAGGCACCCACCAUAGCCAAAUUGAUCAUAACGAGCAUGGCGUCCCUGCUCUCAAGCGCGAUCUUCAUGUGGCAUAUUUCUACGACAGCUUGGAGGAUUAUCCCGCCGGCUUCGUGGCCAUGGACGCUAGCCGCCCGUGGAUGGUCUACUGGGGCCUUGCGGGGUUCUCAAUGCUGGGGGAAGAGACGAGUCGAUUUCGAGGACGUGUCAUCGCAACUCUUCGUCCCAUGCAGAACCCCUCCGGAGGAUUUGGAGGUGGCCAUGGCCAGACUUCUCAUCUGGCAGGCAGUUAUGCGGCCGUGCUGUCGCUUGCCAUGGUUGGUGGUGAGGCACUGGGAUUGGUAGAUCGACACGCGAUGUGGCAAUGGCUCAGUCGGCUUAAGCAGCCUGAUGGCGGGUUUCGGGUUUGCGAGGGCGGCGAAGAGGACGUGCGAGGCGCAUAUUGCGCUAUGACGAUUAUUUCCUUGCUGGAUCUGCCGCUCACCCUGGCGGAUGGUCAAGCGCGGGACGCUGGAUUGGAGACUUUGACGAGUGGUCUGCCGCAGUAUAUUUCGAGAUGCCAGACGUUCGAGGGUGGCAUUUCUGGGAGUCCUGGAGCUGAGGCCCAUGGUGCAUAUGCUUUCUGCGCGUUGGCGUGUCUUGCUAUUAUGGGACCCCCGGAGGAGGUCUUCACUAGACAUAUGGACAUUCCCAUGUUGGUGUCAUGGCUCUCGGCACGCCAAUCCGCGCCAGAGGGUGGACUGUCUGGAAGAACUAAUAAGCUAGUGGACGGGUGCUACAGCCAUUGGGUUGGUGGGUGUUGGCCAUUGCUUGAGUCCUCCUUGGAUGGCAAGCCCAGUAGCACUGAGCCUCCAGCCUCCAGCCUUUUCAGUCGAGAGGGCCUCACCCGAUACAUCCUUGCAUGCUGCCAAGGCAAUGAUGGAGGCCUUCGUGAUAAGCCCGGAAAGUCCGUUGAUUCCUAUCACUCUUGUUACGUCCUGGCAGGACUAAGUGCGACCCAAAACCACCACUACCGCACCGAUUCAAGUAUCGUGUCAGACGGAUUCUCCUCUGCGUUUUCCUGGAAAUCAUCCCCGAACAAAAGCGCAGAUAACGUUUUCUCCAAAGGUGAUCGGCUGGCCCCAUUGCAUCCCUUGUAUCUCAUCCCACACAAAGAUGCGGAGAGAAUGCGGCUCUGGUCUCAGGACCACCCCCUCUCGUCUAAGUAG